GUUGCUUUCCACGCGUGCGGUUCGCAUUCGCUCUUUUCUUUCUCUCUCUCCUCACACACUCGAAGUCGACGUGUUGUGGCGUGUGAGUGUGUGUGUACGUUCGGGAGUGUAUAUUCUACUUAUAAUAGCCACAAAAGGAAAGCCCAGAAACAAACAAACAAAUAUUGUCGAACGUGGCCAACUAAAUUUUAUGGUGUUCGCAUUUGGGAAUUUUAAGUGCAAGCACAAACAACAAUGACGACAGCCAAAUGGAUUUGGAUUUGCCGCGUGGCUUUAGCCAUCUUGCUGGACUUGUGCUGUGUGGGCGCCGACGUGCCGAGCGGUUAUCAUCGUGAGAUUUGCCAGUAUCGCAAGGGAUUGCCGAUGCAACCCCAUAGCGAGUAUCGCAAUCGUCUGCUGGCAAUACGAGAACAGAUGUUAAUACGCGCCACAUUGGAGGGUCCCGAGAUCUAUGGCUACAUAUUGCCAUCGACGGAUGAGCAUCUGAAUCAGGAGGUGGCAGUCCGUGAUCAGCGUCUGCAUUAUCUCAGCGGCUAUACGGGCAAUCGGGCAUUUGCCGCCAUCACGCAGAGUGGCGCCGCAAUUUGGCUGGAAAAUCGUUUUGCAAGGCAAGCAGAUGGGGAACUCGACUGCGACUGGCAGAUCUUUCUCAACGAUGGCAAUGCGACCAUUGCCGACUGGCUGGGCAGUCAAUUGCACAUGAAUAAGCGCAUUGGUGCCGAUCCGCAGCUGGUGCCGCAUCAUCUCUGGCUGACUUGGGAGCGCGAGAUGGCGGCAAAGUUUCUGAAGCUGAUUCGAGUCAAUAGCAAUCUGGUUGAUAUGAUUUGGGAUCCGGAUCGUCCAGAGCCACCCAAGCAUCAUGUGAUUGAGGUGCAGCCGCGUGACUAUGCUGGCGAAAAGUGGGAGGAUAAAGUGAAUGAGCUGCGACGCCGAUUGAGGCAUUUGAACUGCGAUGCAAUGGUGGUCACCUCGCUGACGGAGAUUGCCUACCUGCUGAACAUUCGUGGCACAGACAUUCCCUAUACGCCUGUGGUGAAGUCUUUCGUCAUUGUCAGCCAUGAGGAUAUAUUCUUCUAUGUGGAUCAUGCCAAGAUUAGCAUCAACAUUGAUCUGCAUCUUCGCACAGAUUGCUACAACGAGAACUGUGUCAAAAUCAAGGAGUAUCAACGCGUUUGGAGUGAUAUACGCACUUAUGUGCAAAUCUGGAAGCGUAUUCUUGUGCCUGCUCCCUGUGUGCAAGAACCUGGUGCAUCGGAAGCCAUCUACACAGCUGUGCCUGCCAAGAAUUUAGUGGAGCACAUCUCGCCCAUUAUUUUCAUGCGUGCCCAAAAGAACUCUGAGGAACAGGAAGGCAUGCGCAAAGCUCACAUCAGAGACGGUGCUGCUAUGUGCGAAGCCAUAAGCAAUCUCGAAGCUAGAUUCUAUACUGAGCUGUGGACGGAAGAGAAGAUUAAAUACGAAGUGGAGCUAAUGCGUCUGUCGCAGAGCAAUGCCAAGGGCUUGUCGCUGCGUACUGUUGUUGCCUAUGGCGAGCACUCGGCACUGCCGUAUUACAUCUCCAGCAAUGUGACCAACAUUGAGGUAUCCGAUCAGAGUCUGCUGGUGAUUGAAUCGGGUGGACAAUAUUUGGAGGGCACCACCGAUGUAUCGCGUACCUAUAUCUUUGGGGAACCCACUCGGGAUAUGAAGCGUGCAUAUACAGCAGUGUUAGCUGGUAUUCUGCAUAUAUCCAAUCUGAUAUUUCCGGCAUCGGUGAAACCUUCGGGCGUUGAUAGUGUGGUGAGGGCAAAGGUGUGGCACGAGAUGACCGAUUAUCCACAGGAGACGGGUCAUGGUAUUGGCGCCUAUGGUUCUGUUGAGGAGCCUCCCAUCUCCGUGUCUUAUGGCCAGAACAGCAGCUACCACUUUAAGCAGGGUUAUUUCUUUUCGAGCGAAUCUGGCUUUUAUAAGCGUGAUGAUUAUGGCGUGCGCAUCAAGAAUGUGCUGGAAGUGUUGGACAGUGGACGGACGACAACAACUGGCGAACAUUUCCUAGCAUUCCAACCUGUUACUUUGGUACCCUAUGAACCCAAGUUGAUUGAUGGCUCCAUGCUGAGUUCAGACGAGAAGCGAAUGCUGAACAAAUACAAUGCCAAGAUACGUAAAGAUAUCGGCGAUGAGCUGAAGAGACUGGGCAACAUGAAGGCCUUCUAUUGGAUGAUGAAUAAGACGAGACAUAUUCGCGAAUAUUUGCCAGAGGAUGAAUAUCGUGCAGCAAUGGGCGGCGUUUGCCGCACACACAACCAUUUGCCAUUGAUCGCAGUAUUUCUGAUGAUCUUGGCAUCGUUCAUACGCCCCAUGUGGCAGCUUUAGAAUCGAUCUACACUCUUAAGUCUCUUGGUGUAUGUAUGUUUCUGUGUGAAUGUGUGCUUAUGUGGGUGGGUGUGAAUGAUUGAAUGUGUUAUUAUGUAGUUUUAGUUAGCAAUGCAAAUUAAAGAGAGAAUCUGGGACUAACAAUUGAAAACAAAUACAAGAAAUAACAAUAAUAACUGUUAGUAAUUAUGUGCCAGCACAAUUUAAUUCGGCUUGAUCCCUGAAAUAGUUGAGAUACUUAAACUAAUACUUACGUAAUGCGAUUGUAUAAAAUUAUGAUUAACUUACAAAUAAUUGAAAGAUAAAAUAUCUGUUAAAAUUUUUAUAUUAAUACAAGCAAAAUGUCUUAUGUGUAAGGAAUAACGCUGUAUAUUUUUCUAAAUGUGAUUAAAAGUAAAAUAUAAAAUGGAGUUGGUAUGUAAAUAAAU